AUGGAGGAGUGCUUUUGGAAGGCAAAGUCCAGGACCAUUUGGCAUUUGAAGGGUGAUCGGAAUACGACUUUCUUCCACCGUGUUUCUAAAAUUAAAUCCAAGCUUAAGCCUAUUUCCAUGUUUAAGCAUGGUGAUGCAGAUAUGAGUAUGGUUGAUGACACUAUUCCCAGGCUAGUUGACGACAAUAUGAAUGUUGUUCUUUCGCAAUUACCGUCUUUGGAAGAGAUUUCUACAAAUGUUUUUGCGCUUAAUAAAGACAGUGCUCCGGGUCCCAAUGGUUUUGGAGCUACCUUUUUUCAGUUAUUUUGGAAUAUCGUUAAAGUGGACGUCUCAAAUCCUGUCACCGAUUUCUUUAUCAAUGGCUGGAUUCUGCCUAGUUACAAUUUUAACUCUAUUGCUUUAAUUCCUAAGGUCAAGGGUGCUGAUGGUUUAGAAUCUUCGUCCCAUCGCCUUAUGGAAUUUCAAGUUCAAGCUGAUAUCUAA